AUGCCAUCAACUCGUUCUAUAUGCCAAGAUCAAACUUUCAAAUACAAUGAUUCGUUGCAACUUCUCGGUACUAUGGAUGACAGUAACAAAGAGAAAUCAUUCAACGCUCCAACUGCUCGUAGUAUUUCGAAUCAAACAGCAAAAACAAUGAGUUCACAUUUUCGUAAAGAUGAUGAACAAGUAUUAACAGCCCAUGAAUUAUCUUCAGAAACUUUGAACUAUAGCGAAAGUUCAAAGAAAGGUAGACAACGACGUUUUGCUGAAAUUCCUGGAAAAUUCCUUGAAACCCAUUCGGCGGAAAUUCCAUCACGAAAAGUGCUUUCGGAUAUACAACAGCUACAACGCAGUCCUUCCAUGAGCGAAAAGGAACUGAAGAAUCUGAAGUUUCGCUCGGUAGAUGUACUGUUAGAACCAGGAAAGAAGAGCUUCUCCAUCAUUUCCGGAAAAGGUCAUGCAUUGCCACAGAAACGAAAAUUCGGACUUCUACCUCCUACACCUAGUAUCAUAUCAACACCCAAACAAUCCUCAUCAAGUCGCAGUGAAGAAAAUAUCAUUUCACAAUCAUCCACCAUGUUAGAAAGAAAAGCAUUAUUUGAGAAUGAUAAAAAAGUAAGCUUAGCAUCUAAGAAAACAUCGGAAGUAAUUCGAUCACGUUUCGAGAGAUUCCCGAUCCAAGCCCGAUCAGUGAAAUCUGGUCAAAGAAAAUCACUUGGUGCCUCUACCAAACAAACUCGGAUAAAACGGGCACCAUCAUUAGUGACCCUGACACAGGAAUCGGAUGACACUAAAAGCUCUGCUGAACGAGCACCAUCAAAAUGGUUUGAAAAGUCUAUGUACAUAGAUCAAUCAGAAUUGGAACCUCAAAUGAAAAAUACAACUAUCGUCAUUCCCAUAUCUUCUGAUAUGUCGAAAUCAUCUAGUUCAAAUGUACCAGUGAUGCGACAGGCAUUAACAUCGAAGCCAAACAUAACGAAAAAAAUGUCAUCAGUUUCCAGUACCUUGACUAAAGAAAAAUCUAAGCAGGCAACUGAAAUAUUUUUACUGAAAAGAAUUCAGGCUAGCCGGACAAAAGGAACUUCCAUAAUGAUCCAGUCAAAAGAUGAGGAAAAUCUUACAAUUCAACUGAAUAUAAACUUACGAGUAAAGAAUAAAGAUGGUAAAUCAAAUGAAAAGCAUAUCCUUAAACCGGAACGUAUACUAGUGAAAGGUCGUGAAGUGUACCGGAAAAAUGAUGGCUACCUGCUGUAA